AUGUUGGAUUUCGGAGCAACUGAGGGCAUUGCACGCUGCGGUCGACGAGGGAACCUUCGAGGCGGCGGCGCGGAAGUUACAUCACCGCGCCUUCGGCGGUCAGCCAACGAAUCAAAGCUCGAGACCUCGGUUGGCCGGAUCCUGGUGCAGCGCACCAAACCCAUCCAGAGCGCACUGUCGCGUGACACCGUGCGAGAACUCGGUUUGGAAAACGGUUCGAACACCUUCGCCCGCGUCUCGAUCGCGGUCAAUGCCGAUUCGCUGUCCACUUGGGUUCUCGGGGCCCUCGCGGAGUUCACGCAAGAAGUCAGUUUCGAUUUUCAUCUCGACGAUCAAGACCACACCACCGACCUGCUGCGCGACGGUUCGGUCAUGGCUGCCGUCACGUCGGUUUGCGUCACCGAUUCAAGGGUGUACCUCCAGUCGGUUGGGCAUCAUGCGGUAUCGGCCGAUGGCGAGCGCAGAGUUCUGCCGUCGCUGGUUCGCAGAUGGUGUCACGGCCGAAUCUCUUUCGAGGCGCCGCUGGUGGUGUUCAAUCGCAAGGAUCUGCGCAGGAUCGGUACCUCGAUCAAAAGGUCGGCCACCCGGCAGAUCCGCCUCGCCAUCUUGUUCCGUCAUCGGCAGACUUCGUGGACGCCGUCAGACGGGGAUACGGGGUGGGGGUUGAUACCGGACCUGCAGUGCGGCGAAGACGAUCGCGGCGGAGUGCUGAUCGGAUUCGAUCCGGACUUCGUGGACGACGUUCCGCUGUACUGGCAGCAGUGGAAACUGUCGUCACCCGUCUUGCGCCGGAUCUCCGAAGUGGUGACCCGACGUGCCCACGAAGUGUUGCAUCAGCCCUCGAUC